AUGCCCUCUUAUAAUGGGCUUGUGCUAUUAAGCACACUACCGCUUGCCUACAUUAUCUCGACUGUGGUCUACCGCCUCUACUUUCACCCCUUGGCGAAAUAUCCUGGGCCAUUCUGGGGGAAAAUUUCCGAGAUCCCUUCGUACUGGCACGCGGUGAAGCAAGAUCGCCAUCUCUGGCUCUACCAGCUUCAAGAGCAAUAUGGUACCCUUCUCGUGAACAACCCCGACGGGUUCAGGUCGGUGUACGGCCCGAAAGGGAACGUGAAGAAGGGACUGUACUAUUUGAUCUGGCCACGCAAUGUUGACACCCUGACUACCCUGAACGUGAUCGACCACGAGGUCCAUGCGCGCAAGCGGCGAGUCCUGAAUAGUUCGUUCUCUGAUAAGGCACUGCGGUCUGCGGAGAAGUUUGUGCUCUCAAACACCAACAGGUGGUGCGACCUCAUCGACGGGAAUGCCGAGCAGGGCGGUGGUGGCGACGGAUGGUCCGCCUCCCUGAACAUGACGGACUGGGUCAACCACCUGGUCUUCGACAUCCUUGGAGACCUAUGCUUCGGGAAGCAGUUCAACAUGAAAGAGCCCGACAGUGAGCUUCGAUACGUCCCAGAACUGAUAGCCGGAUUCAUGCAGUUCAUGCACCCCAUCGCGUGGUCCCCAAUCGCUGGAUUCUGGGCCUGGCUUAAGCCCCGAGGCCUGGACAAGCUCCUGGAACUCGCCACGCCGCCCGCACUCAAGAGGUGGGAGAGCUUCGUGGAGAAGUGUCUGGCAGAACGCACCAGGGAGGAGCAGGCGCGGGAGGAACAGCUGCAGGCCGGCCUCGUCGCCGAGGGCGAGACGCGCAAGGAUUUCUUCCACUACAUCUACCACGCCGAGGACCCGGAGACGGGCACGCGCGGCUUCCCCAAGCACGAGAUGUACGGCGAGACGGAGCUCCUCAUCAUCGCCGGCUCCGACACCACGGCCAUCGUCAUGGCCGGGCUGCUCUUCUACCUCGUCCGCAACCCUGCCGCGUAUGCCAGGCUCGUCGACGAGGUGCGGUCUGCGUUCUCCAGCUCGUCUGAGAUCCAGUCCGGGCCUAGGCUACAGUCGUGUAGAUAUCUCCGGGCCUGCAUCAACGAGGGGCUCCGCAUGACGCCGCCCGUCGCAUGCGAGCCUCUCCGCGAGGUGAUGGCGGGCGGAACAGACGUUGACGGGGAGUCCUUCCCGCCGGGCGUAAAUGUGAGCGUUGCGUUCUACUGCCUCAGCCACAACAAGGACGUCUACCCCGAGCCGCACAAGUUCAGGCCGGAGCGGUGGCUAGUCGACGAGAAGGCGGGCAUCACUGAAGAAGACGUGGCCCGCGCCGAGAGCGGCGCCUGCUCCUUUUCCAUGGGUAGUCGUGGAUGUCCUGGGAAAUACCUGGCCUUGAUUGAGAUGACCAUUGUCAUGGCCAAACUUGUUUAUCUGUUUGACAUGAGGGAAGACCCCGACAAGAAAGUGGGCGGUGGAGGCCCAGGCAAGGGACCAGGUCGCGAGAACCCUGACCUCUAUCAGACAUACGAUAUCUUCGUGUCUCUGCAUGAUGGGCCCAUGAUCCAGUUCAAACGCCGGGGGUGA